UCUCCCCCCCCCCCCUUCCCCUCCCCUAUGUGUUGUGUGUCUGUCUGUUUGUGGAUGUGCCUGUCUGCUUUUUUGUGUGGAUCUAAACCCUUUAGAGUUGACGAUUCGAGUGCAACCAAUAAGGAAUUAAUAGCGUUCGAGAAGUGGGUAGAGUUCGUCAAAGUUUGCCCAUUCAACUGACCCCACUGAGGGUGAAAUGAGAAACUGAUUGCCAUCAUUACUAUUUCCCAAGACAUUGUCUAAUGUCAGGUCUUCAUCAAUUUUCUGGAGACAUCCUAAGCUAAAACCUCAUUAGUAGGAUGGACUGGCAGGAGAUGGGCAAUUUAGAUGGAUGUGUUUUUGCCUAGUAGGGGAUGUGGGCACAUGUAAAUUCUGCAUUGAUUGCAUAUUGGAGGGCAGAGGUGACCCAAUUAACAACCUUUCUGACCGGCAUUUACUUCUAGCCAACUACUGCCGCUGUCAUUUUGUACUCGACGGCUUCGUGCCAAGAAUGCCCCAAGUGAUGAAAGCAUAACUUAGAGAGGGAGAGAGAGAGUGAACAUUUUAUAUAUAGUAUCUUUUUGUUCAUGCAUUCUUUUGUCAUUUGCAUUUUCAACUUUGAUCUCGAUCAUUCUCGCUCGCACAUUCUUGAUCAAGAUCAUGUCUAAGAAAACUGUAGUGUCAGUGGAACUGCUGUGUUCAAAGUGCAGGAAAAAGGUGAUGAAGUUAAUUGCAACAGUAGAAGGGAUAACUUCCAUUGUCCUCGACCCGUCGAAAAAUACAGUGACGGUAACUGGGGAUGCCGAUCCAGUAAAGAUUAUCGGGAAAGUGAGGAAAUUCAGAAAAAAUGCUAUGGUUGUGAGUAUCGGUCCUCCGCAGACUGAGAAGAAGGAUGAGAAGAAAGACGUUCCAUACACUCCAAAGGUAUGUCAAAGAUGCGAUGUUUGGUACGUGAUUGCCGAAGAUGGCUACAGCUACUGUUCCAUAAUGUAAUUGCUAUUGUACCAUUAAAUAUUGCUCAUAAUAAUUUGUAUUAAUUUCAUGUUAAACUCACUAAUUGUCCAUUCGGCUAUCAAAAGUUGGCUUUGCAGUCAUUUUUUGAAGUCUUUGGAAAUAUUUGGAUUAGAGAAAUAUUUUAAUGGGAUGUCAAGUGCAUUCGCCCAUGA